AUGAAUAGUGAUAAUGAUGAUGUGAUUGUAUUGUCGGAUGACGACAGUCUGAAUGCAGAUUAUAUGUCAAUGGUCAAGACUCGUACAUCAGCUGACCAGCAAGCAAACGAUGAACCAAUCGCGGGCACAAGUAAGGCUGUUGAUGACCAAUGUGAGGCUCUGUUGGAGAUUCCGUCACCAUCUUCUUCAUAUGCAUCUUCGCCUCAACAUUUUCUCUCGGACGAGGAUAGUGAUGAGAAAAAACGAAUAUCAUCUGAAAAUGAGCAACCGAAACGCAAAAGGCCAAAAUGCAAAAUUCUGUCUUCUGCUGCUGAACGUUCCAUUGUCUCGAUUUUGGACGCGACUUUGAUUGCUGCUAUUGAUGGUUUGGAAGAUGCAGUACGUACAAUGUUGACUGAAUGUCAUAUUCCGAACGAAAUCUGUAGUGAAGAAGGGGCUGAGAUGUGCGUUCGCUGGCGAGUAAAUGCUGGUGAAAUCGAUUCAGAACAAAGCAACGAUGGUGAUGAGGAUUCAUCGGUACUGUUGGUACUCGAGUUGUUGCUUAGUGCACGUAUAUUUCAGUAUUAUUGGCGUGAUAUUUUUGUGUGCAUGGAAGGAAAGAAAUUUGAUGAAUUGAUCGAACAGAAUGCACUUCUGGAUUUUAUUGAAAGGCGUGCCGGACAGAAUGUUGUCGUAAGAAUUGUCGUUUAUGGAUCUCAUAAGAAACAAAAUGAGCUAUCUAUGCAAAUUUUUGAUAUAUUCGAAGAAAAACGCGCUCAUGUGCACUACGUGAAUACAGCUACCGAUUUGGCUCGUCUCAUUUAUCAUACCCAUCGUGCAAUUGCACGUUGGAAGCCAGAAGGUGAUGACGUUUACAUGCGGGGUGACGAUUUGGUUACCGAUUGGUGGUCAAAAAUGUUAAUGCAUGUGCCUAGGAUGGGGAAUGAAGAGAGACGAGCCCUAGUUCGAGUGUUUCCGAAUGUUUUUGAUUUAAUGAAACAACUGAAACAAUCAGGUGAAGACGGAAUCAAAUUGAUUGCCGAAAUAAAAACUGAUGCCGGACGACGUAUUGGUCCAGUCCUUGCACGCAAAGUGUUUCUUAUGCUUACAAGUGAAACUGGGGAGGAAUGUAUUGGUUAG